UCAGUCAGUCAGUCAGUCGGACAGGCAGUCGGUCCUAGUUGCUCUGGGCUCUCACGCUUUCCUGAGCGGCGCCCUCCUUGCUCCUUCCCGCUCAACGGCGGCGGCUGCACCGGCAGCGGCGCGGUCCCUACGGGAGGUGCGGCGUGGGCCGAGACACGGCCACAGAGCGUCAAGCCCAGCGCGGCGGAGGCGGCGGCGGCCCGGCAACCAACAUGGCGGCGGCGGCGGCGGGCGCGGGCCCGGAGAUGGUCCGCGGGCAGGUGUUCGACGUGGGGCCGCGCUACACCAACCUCUCAUACAUUGGCGAGGGCGCCUACGGCAUGGUGUGCUCUGCUUAUGAUAAUGUCAACAAAGUUCGAGUAGCUAUCAAGAAAAUCAGUCCUUUUGAGCACCAGACCUACUGCCAGAGAACCCUGAGGGAGAUAAAAAUCCUACUGCGCUUCAGACACGAGAACAUCAUUGGAAUCAAUGAUAUUAUUCGAGCGCCAACCAUCGAGCAAAUGAAAGAUGUAUAUAUAGUACAGGACCUCAUGGAAACAGAUCUCUACAAGCUCUUGAAGACACAACACCUCAGCAACGACCAUAUCUGCUAUUUUCUUUACCAGAUCCUCAGAGGGUUAAAAUAUAUCCAUUCAGCUAAUGUACUGCACCGUGACCUCAAACCUUCUAACCUGCUGCUCAACACCACCUGUGAUCUCAAGAUCUGUGAUUUUGGCUUGGCCCGCGUUGCAGAUCCAGACCAUGAUCACACAGGGUUCCUGACAGAGUAUGUAGCCACACGUUGGUACAGGGCUCCAGAAAUUAUGUUGAAUUCCAAGGGCUAUACCAAGUCCAUUGAUAUUUGGUCUGUAGGCUGCAUUCUGGCAGAGAUGCUCUCCAACAGGCCCAUCUUCCCAGGGAAGCAUUACCUUGACCAGCUGAACCACAUUCUGGGUAUUCUUGGAUCCCCAUCACAGGAAGACCUGAACUGCAUAAUCAACCUAAAAGCUAGAAACUAUUUGCUUUCUCUCCCACACAAAAAUAAGGUGCCAUGGAACAGGCUGUUCCCAAAUGCUGAUUCCAAAGCUCUGGAUUUACUGGACAAAAUGUUGACCUUCAACCCUCACAAGAGGAUUGAGGUAGAACAGGCGCUAGCCCACCCGUAUCUGGAGCAGUAUUAUGACCCAAGUGAUGAGCCCAUUGCUGAAGCACCAUUCAAGUUUGACAUGGAAUUGGAUGACUUGCCUAAGGAGAAGCUCAAAGAACUCAUUUUUGAAGAGACCGCUAGAUUCCAGCCUGGAUAUAGAUCUUAAAUUUGUCAGGACAAGGGAUCAGAGGACUGGAUGUGCCCAGACAUCGGUGUUCUUCCCAGUUCCUGGCCCUGGUCCUGUCUUCAGCCCGUCUCGGCUUACCCACCUUGACUCCUUUGAGCCAUUCGGAGGAGCGGUUUCUGGUAGUUGUGGCUUUUAUGCUUUCAAAGAAUUCCUUCAGUCCAGAGAACUGUUCCUGGCACCCCUGUGUGUGUCACCCACCGGUGACCUGUGGCAGUAUGUACUUUCAGUGCACCUACUGCUUACCGUUGCUUUAGUCACUAAUCACUUUCUGGUUUGAAAGAUGCAGUGGUUCCUCCCUCUCCUGAAUCCUUUCUUCCCUCUCCUGAAUCCUUUCUUACACGACGCCCUGCUGACCCAUGCAGUCACACCAGAGACAGUUUUUUCCAGGUUGGCUCUCGUCACUGGCGUCUCACUUUAUGAUAGGGAAGGCUACGACCUAGGGCACUUUAAGUCAGUGACAGCCCCUUAUUUGCACUUCACCUUUUCACCGUAAUUGUUUCCCCAGAGCAGGAACUCGUGGAAACACCUGGGAUGACGUUGCCGCCUGCAGCAAGUGCUCCUAUCCCGGGAAUCUUUGGGGGCCCUUGUCAGCAUCUUUUCUCAUAUCAUGUUAGUCACUAACAUUUAAGGUAUGUGCUAUUUGCCCAGCUUUUAGAAAACUCAGUACAUUUUUCUAAAUAAAAGAAUAAUGUACUGCACUCAGCAAUUUCACUCUGUAGAUUUACUGUGGUUACUUGUACAAUUUAUAGAGGUAUAACACUUGCCAAAAUGUGUUAUAUGCAGAACAGAGUGUUGGCAAGACUUAUGCAAAAACCUUUAAAGUGGCAGCUUCACUCUGGAUUUAGUGAGAGAUGUACAAAGGUCACAGCAGGGUGCUGAGGAAAGUACCUGGAGAAGUAGCCAGUAGGCUGCCCGAUGUCCCUGGGGCCGCCCCAGGUACGCAUACCCCAAGCUACUUCACAUGGUGUGCCACAUUCGAUGCCUGAGGGUUUAGCAGAGGGUAAACACUGCGUCUUUAAAUGAGAAAGUGUACAGUUUUUUCCUCCUACAGCAUGUCAGCAUUUCAAGUUCAUUUUCAGCCUACAAUAUAACAGUUUGUAAUAGAGCCUUCAUGAGCUCAUGACAUGAAGCACUGUUCUGUCUCAAGUACCAAGUACUCUCAACUGUUUCUGAUAAUGCCGAGCUAAGACCAUCAGAAAAAGCUAGCACUAAGUCACGUUUGGAGCGCAAUCCCAUGUUUUCCUGAUCUCUCUAAGUAUUGUUCCUGCCACUGUACACUGUGGCAUUGACCCGGUGUUCUAUCCCCGUGCGGUGCCUCCUCUUGACUCCCCCACUGCUCUCUGUGGUGAGAUAUUUGCCUUGUUCAAUAAUUACUGUACCCUCGCAUGACUGUUACAGCUUUCUGUGCAGAGAUGACUGUCCAAGUGCCACAUGCCUAUGAUUGAAAUGAAAAAUCUAUUGUUACCUCUGAGUUGUGUUCCACGGAAAAUGCUAUUCAGCAGAUCACUUAGGAAUAAUUCUAUUUUUAGCUUUUCGUUUCUCAGCUGUCCUUUAUUUCUUGUUUGAUUUUUGACAGCAAUGGAAAAUGGGUUUUAUGAAGAUUGCCUGCUAAUAUGAAAAGAAAUGCACUUGUAAUUCAUGGAAAUAAAUGUACAUCUUCUAUCUUCAUAUUCAUGUUAAGAUUCAGUGUUGAUUUCCUCUGGAUCAGCAUGUCCGAAGGGACAGUCAGGUUCAGUUUGUGCUUAGAACAGAAAUGCUUCCAGCCUCACCUUCCCACUGGGCACUGCCCAACACUUUGGUUUACAUGAAAUGACUUAGAAAGCAUUUGUUUCCUAUUUUUCCUACUUGCACAGCAGAGAAAUAAAUUCUGACCUGUUUCUUUAUUCAAAUCAUAGGUCCAAAAUAUCUCAAAACUCUGACGAAGAAGCCCAAACGUCUCAGGCUGGAUUCUCUGGUUCUUUCUAAAGAGGGCCUGCCUGUGUGCCCAGAGCUGCUGCUAGGCACAGCUGAGCGCUGGGAAGGGCUGCCCAGCAUCCCUUGCCCCCCCCACCCGGCCCAGAGUCCUGAGGCUCAGACCUCACGGGCUAAAGAAGGAUGGCUGACUCAUCCUCAGUCAUUGAAGCUGCAUCUCGAUUCUUGCCCUAAAAUACAUGAUCCUCAGCUCCACGCUCAGAGCUGCAUGUCAAGGUCCACACAACAUUGACAGGAUAUAGAUCGGACUGUUACUUGAUACAUUGAUAAGUCAGUUUUCAUUUUAAAAGGAGCAUUGACAGUUUUAUUACUCUUGUUUCUGUGGACUCUUUAAGUGGAAUGUUAGUAGUAUUAUGAGGUUAAUCUUCAGUCCUCUAAAUGGAAAGCCAUAGUCUUGGUUACUAAUGCCUGGGAACUGGGCUCUUCCCAUCUUUGCUGGUACCUGGAGUCAGAUUGGCAUGAAACCACUAACUGCAUUCUAGAAUCACUGUAGCCAUAUGUGGUGUGCUUUUAAUCAGUCAUGCCAACUUGGUUUAAUAGUUCAGAGAAUUAUCAUAACCAAGGUACCUGUGAAAAGUACUAGCUGUUAUGUGCGAUAGACUCAACAUUUGGAUCUUCUUGCAUCUCUAAAAAUGUACAGAUUAGGUCAUAAAUUUAUAUUGGUGAGAAUGAACACUUUCAUUAUUGGUAUGCUCACAUAAGCUUUCAAACUAAUGGCUUUUUUGGUGUCUAAAAUGUAAGCAAAAAAUUCCUAUUGAAACAUUCCAAUUCUUUCAUUUAGUGUGAAAUAAAAUACCUAAUAGGCCAGUGGGGUGGAUUUGAGAGAACUUAUGACGACUCUGCUGACUCAGGUCUUCAGAGCUGGUAGAGACACGCAGACCAUUUUGAUGCAUGGGGUGAAGAACAUCUUUGCGUUUGUGUGCAGUACACAGUGCUUGGUGUGUUCACAGCGAUUCCAUCUGCUGCAGGCAUAGGUGAUGGGUGUGGAGGCAGCUGCUAGCUUUCAGGACCCACACACGGCUCAUCAGUGGUUGUCUCUAAGGAGUCACAGGGAUACUGCCCACGCCGCGUGCCACGUAACAUUCAGACCAUUCAGAGGAGACUGUUUUACCUUUAUUUGCUUAGAUGUUAAUACAGUUUUUAAAUUGGUAACUUUUAUAUAGUAUGGUAACAACAUACAUAUGCACACAUGCUUUGGGUCCUUCCAUAAUACUUUUAUAUUUGUAAAUCAAUGUUUUGGAGCAAUCCCAAGUUUAAGGGAAAUAUUUUUGUAAAUGUAGUGGUUUUGAAAAUCAGAGCAAUUCUUUUGCUUAUACAUUUUUAAAGCAUUUGUGCUUUAAAAUUGUGAUGCUGGUGUUUGAAAUAUGAUAUUCCCAUAGUGCAGAUGAGAAGCAUGGAGCAGUAGAGUGAAUCUGUGGUUUCUCUCGCCGUAACCCAGCGCGGCAGGUGGAUCAGAAACGACUGGGAAUCCAGAGCGAAUUCUCUAGGGUUGCACCAGGUUUACCCUAAAGCUCGUUGCCUUUUUUGUGCUGUUUAUCCGUUUAGAGCACUCAAGAAAGUUCUGAAACUGCUUUGUAUCUGCUUUGUACUGUUGGUGCCUUCUUGGUAUUGUACCCCAAAACUCUGCAUAGAUUAUUUAGUAUAAUGGUAAGUUUUAAAAAAAAGUUAAAGGAAGAUUUUAUUAAGAAUCUGAAUGUUUAUUCAUUAUAUUGUUACAAUUUAACAUUUAUUUGUGGUAUCUGUGAUUUGGUUAAUCUGUAUAAAAAUUGUAAGUAGAAAGGUUUAUAUUUCAUCUUAAUUCUUUUGAUGUUGUAAACGUACUUUUUAAAAGAUGGAUUAUUUGAAUGUUAUGGCACCUGACUUGUAAAAAAAAAAAACUACAAAAAAAUUAGAAUCAUUAAAUUGUUUCCCUGUGUUACCAAAAUAACAUAGUACUGUGCAUGUAUAGUUUAAUUGGAAUUUUAUGUGUGAAAAUA